UCUCUACAGACUGUGUGGAAUGAUUCAGUCUCAUUUUGUUUAACUAGUUUAACUUUUUUCCCCCAUGUGAAUAUAAUGCAGCAUUAAAGGGUGCAUGGAUUCCAAAUGUAGAUGCUGGCUCAUAUAUUUAAUUCUACAUCUGAUAGACAAAGGGUCUCUGCAGGACACACUUGAAAUUGAGGGUGUUGUUGGAGAUUCUGUCAUCUUGCCAUGUUCAUACCAGGAAAGAGUGCUAAACCCAGAUGAAAGGAAUGUGUUUUGGAGAUACAAUACAUACAAGAAGGUUUAUAAUAUUGAAAAAGGCAAGCCCAUCACAGGAGACCAGGAUGCAGUGUUCAAAGAUCGAAUAGAAAGUUUUCCCUCAGAGUAUAAAAAUGGAAACUUCUCCAUCAGACUCAACCAUCUGAAUUUCACUGAUAAUGGGGAGUACUUCUGCUAUAUCUCAAAAGUGAAACAGCAAGACAAGCUAAGGCUGACAGUCAGAGCUCCACUAUCUACUUUGUCUCCUCCAAAACCAACGACUCAUUCAAGAAGCUCUUCCAUGAAAACAGAACCAAAUGGGAUUGUAACUUUCCUUAUUGCUGUUUUGGAAGUUUUUGUUUUGCGCUAUUUUGGAGUAUUUUACUAGAAUACUGUAUUGCUAAACUCACACUGUGUCUUUCUUUAACGUAUCCUCACAAUUGUUUGUUUCUGUGCCCCACAAGAAUUGACUUAUUGGUAAGCCCCGCCCCCCUUAGUUACUGUUGCUUACUCAGAGUUGCUCACUGUCUUACAAUGACAGCUGUCAGUGAAAACAUUCGUCCAAAGUGUUUCUGAUACAUUUAGGACACAGAUGGACCUUCAAGUAGGACUUAAAUAUGCCAUGGAGGGAUAUAUAAAAGAUAUGAAAAGAAAUGUAAAAAUAAUGAUUGCAAUACAAACAGGAGAAUUAUGUUACGGUUGUCACGAUUGCAAUGACAACAUCCUGGAUUAACACCAUUCAUAUACUUUGGUGUUAAAUUAAAUUAAUUUCUCUUAACCAGAUUAAUAUGGAGAGGCACUCUCAUGUUUUCUUCUUCAUUGUGAUUAGGGUUGAAUGCUUGGGGACAUUUUGCUCUGUUUUGGUUGGAUUUAGGAAAUGGAAUAAAAUCAAUUACAUUGCCUAUCCUCUCAGGAUAACUGGAAUUAUUGUUACGAGUACCCCAGGCACAUGGUUUUUCCAUUUUUGUAGCAUAAACAACAUUAAAACCUAUGCGAGCUUC